GCCCACACCCCUGCCUUUAUCUGCAGCCCAAUAAAGGCUGAUCCACAGGCAGCAAGACUCAGCGUGCGUGGUUCCUCUUCUCUUGUGCUCCCCGCAGUGGUCCCCUGCCCUCUCCAGCACCCUGUGGCCAUGACACAGCGGCUUCUGCUUCUUGUGGCUCUCCUGGUCCUGGGUCAUGUGCCGACAGGGAGAAGUGAAUUCAAACGGUGCUGGAAUGGCCAAGGGGCCUGCCGGACUUACUGCACGAAGUAUGAAACCUACAUGCACCUGUGCCCGGAUGCCACCUUGUGCUGUCUGCCUUACGGACUCAAGCCUGUCAAGACUGAAAAGGUUUAGCUGGUUCUGGGACUGACACCCUUGCCCUCCAGUAAAAUGCAA